GCUCGUUGGUCCGCAUGCGCGAAACUAAAGUCCCAAAUUCUAAGCCAAGUUCACACUGCAGGUUGCUGUGCUGCGUUCUAAACCAAGUGCAAGCCUUCGAUAUCUAUAUAAACUUUUUCCUAUCAGUCCAUAUUUCGCAUACCAGCGUUGCCUACACCUCUAUCUAUUCAUCUUACUAGAGCUAGCUUUACGUUCCUUGCCAUAGGGCAUUCUUCUUACAGAAAGAAAGAUCUCAUAAAGCUCUGAUAACUCUCUUUCCAGGUUUCCAUUUUCUUUGCACUGCAACUUCCUUUGUAACUUUUCCACAAAAAAAGCUUGUUACUAAGUUUCCAAUGGCUUCCACUAGCUCCGAAACACCCUCUUUACCUGGUUCGAACUACGAUGUUUUUCUCAGUUUUCGGGGUGAGGACACCCGCCAUAGCUUUACAGACCAUUUACACAAGGCAUUUAUAUUGAGAGGCAUUGAAGCCUUUAGAGACAGCGAAAAACUCCAACUAGGACAAGAAAUUGCUUCUGAGCUCAUACAAGCAAUAGAAAAUUCCCAGUAUGCAAUCGUUGUUUUCUCAGAAAAAUAUGCCGAUUCCAAGUGGUGCUUGGAUGAACUUGCUAAAAUUGUUGAAUGCAAAAAAAAGAAGAGACUUGAAGUGGUGCCCGUCUUUUACCACGUAGAUCCCUCCGACGUGCGGAAGCAGACUGGGCCAUUUGAAAAAGCCUUUGACGAACAUCAGAAAAAUGACAAAAUCGACAGAGAGAAGAUCCAGAAAUGGAAGGAUGCUAUGAGAGAAGUGGGGAGUUUAUCCGGCGAGCAUUUACGUCCACAACCACAUCAAAGGUCUGAGGCAGAAUGUAUCCAAGGCAUUGUGAAAGUGAUAUUAAAUAAAUUGGUUAAUACCUUCUCAACACAUACCUUCUCAGAACUAAUAGGAAUGGAAUCCCGAGUUGAGAAAUUGAAGUCAUACUUAGCUAUGGAGUCAAAUGAUGUUCGCAUUAUAGGAAUUUGGGGGACAGGAGGAAUGGGUAAGACAACUCUUGCUAGAGUUGUUUACAAAAUGAUUUCCAGUAAAUUUGAAGCUUGUAGUUUUAUUGCUAAUAUUAGGGAAGAAUCUGAAAAAUUUGGUUUACAUAAGAUACAACAAAUACUUUUGAGGGAACUUUUGAAUCAUAGAGAUUUGGAGGUACACAAUGUUCAUGAUGGAGUUGACAUAAUAAAAAGAAGGUUACAUAACAAAAAGAUUCUUCUUGUUCUUGAUGACGUAAAUGAUUUAGAGCAAUUGAAUAAGUUAGCUGGGGAGCGUUGUUGGUUUGGUUCAAGUAGUAGAAUUAUGAUAACAACAAGAGAUAAGCAUUUGUUGGAGUUUCAUGAAGCAAAUGAAAUAUAUGAGGUUGAAGAAUUGAAUCAUGAUGAAGAUCUUAAACUUUUUAGUUUGAAAGCUUUUAAAAUGGACCAUCCAACUGAAGAUUAUGGAAAGCUGUCUCAAGAUUUUGUAGAUUAUUGUAAGGGGCUUCCUUUGGCCCUUGAAGUUUUGGGUUCUUUCUUGUUCAAAAAAAGCAUUGAUGAAUGGAAAAAUGAACUUGGUAGGCUCACCAAAUUUGGUGAAACAAGAAUUCUCAGUGUGCUUCGAAUAAGUUUCAAUGGACUAGAACCAAUACAAAAGGAAAUUUUCUUAAAUAUUGCAUGCUUUUUUAAUCACAUGAAUCAAGAUGAUGUUGAAAAAAUACUGGACUAUCUUGAGCUAUUUCCUAAAAUUGGAUUAAGGGUUCUUAUUGAUAAGUCUCUCAUUAAAUUGCAUGGAAAUCGAUUGGGGAUGCAUAAUUUACUACAAGAAAUGGGCCGAGAUAUAGUUUAUCAACAGUGCCCUGAAGACCCCGGGCGGCGUAGUAGAUUGUGUUCAUUUAAAGAUAUCGACAAUGUGCUGACAGAAAAUACGGUAAGGGGUUAUUGAAAGAAACUAAGCAUAUAUCUUAUUAUAUUAUUCAACAUAAUUUUUUUUAUAAAUAAUAAUGGAGUUUAAAUUA